CUGCCCCUGAGCGCCAGGACCACCAGCUGGAUCUGUUCUCUCAGGAGCCACAGCAGAGAUACUGGGAAACAUGGUUCCAAUACAGCAGAAUGCCCGGCUUCCUCUCUUUUUGCUGCUGGGGCUCUUGGGAAUGGUGAUCUCACUCCAUGCCCAACCUCCUAAUUUAACCUGGGCUCAGUGGUUUGAGAUUCAGCACAUAAAUAUGGCCCACCCUCAAUGCAAUGCUGCAAUGUGGGUGGUUAACCGUUACAGAAUGGAGAUGGGUUACCGUCACAGAAUGGUAUGCAAAAAUCAAAAUACUUUUCUCCACACAACGUUUGCUGAAGUAGCUCAUGUUUGUACCACCGGAAAUGUACCCUGCCCUUCAUCAGGCAGGAUGAAUUGUCAUAUUAGCUCAUUUCAAGUGCCUGUAACCCACUGCAACCUCACAAGAAAUGCACGACAUUAUACGGACUGCCGUUAUACACAGACACCGGCACAGAAGAUCUUCAUCAUUGCGUGUAAGAACAGAUCACCACAGGACGAUGCCACGUACCCCGUGGUUCCAGUUCACUUGGAUGCGAUCAUCUAAACUCUGGGCCAGCACUUUGGGCCGUGCUCAUCUGCCAAGCGCCACAGUCCUGUCCCACCAUCCACCCCAGAUAUCAGCAUCAGUCC